GCUGCAUGCAGAACCUCUGCACAACACCGGAAGUUGUAAACAGCGUGGAGCUGAGGACUUUUAACCGCCACAUUAGUUUGUGAUGCUACACGACAACACCGGCUUAUUCUCUGUAAAGUAGUCGGUGUGUUAUUAAAACAACAUUAUGUCUUCUUCUACCGUUAAAACGGAGAGAAACCCGGUGUUACCGGUGAAUAAGAAAGUAGAAGAAGCUCUGGCGAUGGAGUUCUUCUUCACUGAUCUGAACACCACCGCGACCUGCCUCAUCUGCAGACAGAAAAUACUAUUCAAUAUGUUCAACAUGAAGCGGCAUUACACAGCCAAACACGCGGGGAAGUAUGAUCAAUACAAGGGAAGAAGCAGGAAGAGCAUCUCUGAUGAGCUGCAUAAAGACUUCAACCAGUCUGAGGGGACUCCAGCAGACUCUAGCAGGAGAGGAGAACCUAAACCUGAACCUAAACCUGAACCUAAACCCGUCUCCACAGCAGCCAUGCCAAGUCUAAAGCUGAUAUCUGCAACCGACACACAGUAUUCAGCUGCUGUGCUGAAGUCGAUGAACGAGCAGCGAAAUCAUGGAUUAUUUUGUGACGUCACCAUCAUCAUACAGGACAAGAAAUUCAGAGCUCACAAAACAAUCCUGUCUGCCUCGAGUACAUACUUCCACCAGCUCUUCAGUGUCGCUGGACAAGUGAUCGAGUUAAACUUCAUCAAAGCGGAAAUCUUUGAGGAGAUUCUCAAUUACAUUUACAGCUCCAAGCUCAUCCGCGUCCGCUCCGACAUCCUUGAGGAGCUCAUCAAUGCUGGGCAGAUACUGGGAGUCAAGUUCAUUGCAAACUUGGGGUCACCGUUAUCACAAGUGAAGGGUCUGCCGGGUUUGUCAAAGGAGACGGAGAGCAAAAGUGACACGCCCGCAGAGGUGAUGCCCAUCAUCGCAGAGUCUUUCUCAAUAUCUGCAGAGGAAUUCAAUCAGACAAGCAAGCAUGCAGGUAACGACGACGACGACUCGGACAGUGAUGUAAUGUUUGUCUCGCAAACAGAUGCUCAAACCAGAGCAGCCAGUCAGAAAGGUAAAUCUGGUGAGGUAAUUGAUUUGGAUAAAGGUGAUUCAGGAAAAGCAGAAUCAAAGCAAAAUGAAGAAUCAAAUCAUGCAGUUGCAAAACAGAAAGAGAAAGCCAGAGCCUCCUUGAAAACAGUGGCUGCAAAGCCUCCCAGGAUCAGUUGUCCAGCCCCUAAGAUCCCCAACAGCAGCCCUCUGCACAGUCCAGACAGCAGCUCCAAUAGCUCGUCCUCCCCUGCCAGAGUUUCCUCAGGAAGUGCUCCCACAACGCCAGCCAGGUCAAGCAGUUUCACCCCUGAGCCCUCGAGUGCCUCCCAGUCCUCUGAAAACAGCGAUAUAAUGGGAGUCCACAAGAAGCAAGUCUCUGCUUCCUCUCAGAAAGGGGAUUUCAAAAUACAGCUCGUAGAUGUGUCUGAAGGUCCAGCAAAUCAAACUAACACUUCCAAAUCAGCUAUAGCGGCAAAAAAGACAGUGACACUCAAUACAGCCACAGAGAUUGAUUCAAUUUCAUCAGGCUGUAAAGUGUAUGCCAAUAUUGGAGAAAAUACUUACGACAUUGUCCCAGUGAAGGAAGAUCCAGGUGAAGGGGGCUCUAAAGCCAACAAAGGGAAGAGAUCAUUAAUGGCAACCCCGUUGAGACCCCUGGAUAAAGCACCCACGUCACCGAAGGCCGGCCCAAACAAGAAGAAGACCAAAACAGAGCUUGAGGAUCACUACGAGCUCAUCAUGGAUGGGAAAACUUUCUUUGUAUGCAUCGUCUGCAAGCGCCCCUACGUGUGUCUGACGAGCCUCCGCCGUCACUUCAACACCCACUCGUGGGAAAAGAAGUACCCGUGUCGCUACUGCAACAAGGUCUUUGCGCUGGCCGAGUACAGAACUAAACAUGAAAUCCAUCACACGGGAGAGAGGAGGUACCAGUGCUUGAUGUGCAAUCAAAUGUUCUUGAACUACCAGUUACUGUCCACCCACUGCAAGCAAGCCCACAACCAGGAUCCCAGCGGGAGGAAAGAGAAAGAUGAGACGGACAACAACUUGUACCGACUCCUGCCGUGUAGAACGGUGCAGAUGAAGCCGUACUCGUGGAGCACCGACGGGCUGGGGGUCCCCGUCAUAUCCGAGGAUGGCAGCGUGCAUCACAUAACCACCGUCGACGAAGAGGUCCACUCCUCCACCCAGACCAGGAUGUUGAACUGGGACGACAUCUUCAUCGAGCCCGAUGCUCACAUGCCACCUGAUGCUCACGCCCGACCGGGUUCGACCAUGAGCAGUCCUCCACAGGGAGCCACAGAGUUUGACUUUGUUAUACCAGAGAGCUACUGAGCAACACUCGCUGCUCCAUUUACUGUGCCUUUUUUAGGUGCAAAUCACACCCCCCACACCCUUUUUCCUCUUUGGUUCCAUGUCAACUAUAUUCUUCUGUAAUUCUCAAUAGUGUCGGCUCAAUGUACGGUCACAUUAGCAUCUCCUUUUAACGGAAUUUGUGGUGUAAUAUUGUACUAAACAUGGUGAUGAUGCACGCUAGAAUAAUGUCAGAGCUGAACUGUGAUGUCAGAGCCAGCUGGAGAUUGUCAGUCGUGCCGUCUUCAGACGAAGUGAGAGGGAGACGGAGCGAAUAGUUGCAGGAUGGAAGUGUAAUGUGACCAUACCUUUACUCAUGUUACUCUGCUUGUGUAAUAGCCCUGAUCUUUUGUAUCAUUGGAACAAAAGAUAGUCACAUUAGUGGUGAAGCGGUUCACAAGCAGUAAAGAAAAUAAUGAGCUUAUAUGGAUGAUAAAAAUUCCAUCAAGAAUCACAAACUGCCCCAGAAAUGUAAGACCUAACUCUUAAAGCUGUAAUAAAAAGGCAAAUCAUGUAUGUUUAAUUUUUCGCUCUGUUAUAUCUAUAUCAGCUGAAAAGAUUUCUGCUAAUCUGAAACACAAAGCAUUGAAAUGAGACAUUUGAAUGUCUUUUGUUUCAGUAGUAGUUUUUAACCUUUAGGCCACGUUGCCUAAUUCAGUUACAGCCCACUGAGCUCUUCUUCAUAAAAUUAUGUGAAACCUCAAUUGAUGUUUUUGUGUGUAACCACAGUUGACCUUCUUUGUUCACAGGAUACAUUAAUGCAUUUUAUGGUUUCAACAGAUUUGUGUAAAAUACAUGAUGUGACCUAUAAAGAAAUAAAGCAAGGUUGCUCAAAUUUUAAAUCCAUCAUUACCGGAUGCAUCAAUCAUGAAUCAAUGGAAAUUUUAAUAAGAAGUUUCUGGACGGAUCGUUCGUUGUUCUAAAUGAGUUCUAUUUGAGACUAAACUUAAUUCUUUAAAAGAGAAUGAUGAUCAUGAUCUGAAAUAUAUUUUUUCAUCUUGUGAUUGUUGGCGAUCCCACAUGUGGGUGUUUGUGUCAGGGAAGAUAUACAAUGGUUAUUUAAUUUUUCAGUGGUUGGAAAAAGUUUUUUUGUCCAUUAAACACCGUUUUAUUUUCAUACACCUGUACAUUUUUAUUUUCUACGCUUUUUUUCAUGUUGUUUCCUAAAUUGUUAUUUUAAUGCCAAAAUCUGCCGGCUACAUACAGAGUAGGCUAGAGAUUUUUGCAUACAAAUGUGAUGAUAGGAUUUACAUAAAUUGAGGUUUAUUUCAGCCCGUACAUAUAGCACUUAGUGUUGGAUCAGGCAGAAGAUAUUUUCUUUGUAAUAUUUUUACUUUCUCUCUUGUUUUAAUUCAAUGUGUCCAAAUGUAGUGAUGGUCAGCAUGAGUAAAAAAAAAAAAGUAGUGCUAACAUGAGAAUCUGUUCUACUUCAUGUCAUUCAAUAAACUCAUGCAGGACUUGCUUUUAAUUAA